CCCGCUUCGCCCCCGCCUCUGUCCUCGCGUUUCUCCUGCUCUCCAGCAUUAGCGUGGUGCUCCGGAGCUCAGCGAGGCCGCGACGCAGCUUCCUUCCUCUGCACAGCAGAACUGGCUCCUUUGGCUUUGUAAGCUCUCCACGGACGUCUACCCCUCAAGUAUGAAGGUCAUCCUGCCAGUACUGCUGGCUGCCCUCCUGGGUGUGGAGCAAGUCCACUCCCUCAUGUGCUUCUCCUGCACCAAUCAGAAGAGCAAUUUCUACUGCUUGUGGCCCACUGUCUGCUCGGACUCUGACAAAUACUGUGUGACUUAUUCUACCUCCGGUGGCAUCGGGAAAGUCGUGGACUUUGGCUACAGCCUGAACAAGGGCUGCUCCCCUACCUGCCUUGGCCCAAGUGUUAACAUAGGAGUUUUAAAAGUGGGCUCCAAAUGCUGCUCGAGCUCCCUAUGUAACAUCAGCGCUGCUGGAGGAGGGCCUCAGGCCAGCGCCCCACUGCUGAGCCUCGGGCUCCUGCUCAGCCUGCUGUCAGCCAUGCUGUGGCUGGCUCCCUGACCUCCUUUACUUGGUGCCCCGUGCUCACCCAGAUGAGGAAAAAAAAAAAUCCUAGCCCCCUCCAGACACCAGGAGGCUAUUGAAGCAUCCCACUCCUCCUGCCUGUUCCACCUCCUUGGCCUCAGAGCCUAGUCCACCCAACCCCAAUUCCAGCCACCUCAUUUCUGGGGUCAGCUGUGUCCCCGGAAGUCUUAGGGCUGUAAGGAUGGAGCUCAGCCCUGUAGAUCCAGGCGGAACACCUAAACCCCAGGUCCUUUGGGCAGGCUGUUGCGGGGGAACAUGAUGGGAGGGCAGGACAAGAUCAGGCACUCUGGGGACACCCGAGAAAGCCCCUCACCCUGGCAUUUCUGCACACACAAUGCACUAACUUCAGGGUUUUAUUCAUGGCUCCAGCUCCAGGCCCCCACCCCAGAUUCAGCUGAGCCCCUGUCUGACCCGCAGCCCUCGCAGGGGCGGGUGCUCUGCUGCUGCUUUAGUGCCUCAAAUAAAUGAUGUUCCCACCUCUU